GCUUCCGCUUCCGGUAGCGGUGUUUCCGGGUCUCGCGAUAUUUCGGAAUUUUUGAAACGUCUGCGCGCGUACGGAGUCGGGAGACCCUUCAGAACAAGCGUUUUAUGAAGCGCCUACUACGUGCGGGACACCUGCCUCGCAGCGCUGGGGACCCGAAUAGAAAGAAGGAAACAAUCCCUGUUCAAAAAAAGCUUUCACCGACGGAGGAGACGGCGAGAACGUUCUGGAUGCAUGCGGCAUAAUAAAUAAUACAUAUUUGGUCCAUUUCAUUAGCGAUACAAAGUAUUUAAGUGCAAACUCUUUUAGGAGGGAAGGUGCUAGUUGUUGGGUGGGAAUCUUGCAAAACAUGAUGCUUGAAGUACGUUUUAAAGGAAGGACUCUGAGAUAGAGGGAAGCUUGAAGGCAUUUUAAUGAUGGAUCUGAAGAAGAUACCACUGGAUACCAGUGAGAGUGACUCUGAGGAGUUACCAACAUUUACCUUUCUGAAACAGAAGCCAUCUUUAACAAAGAGCAGCCAAGUUGUGGUCCACAGCUCAGAUGCUGAAUGUUCCUCUUUAUCUCCAGGGUCAAAAGAACUGCCAGUAGUGCAAGAGGCAGCCAGAUCUGUUUCCCCCAAAGAGCCAGUUACAGUGCUAAGUAGUGAGAGUGAAGAGGAAGGGGAACUUAUUCCUCUGGUGCAGAGACUUCAGUGCAGAAUAACAAAUAGUUUAUCUAAAGCACAAGAAUCAAGUCAUCAUGAUUCAAGCUCCCAAGCUAAAUGUGCUUUGGGCCAUCAACACAAAGAAGGAACAGCAGGUAAAUGCGAAGAACAUCCUUUUCCAAAGGCCCUUGUUCUCUUUAACUCUUCCUCAGUAAAAGAUGCUUCAAAAGAAUCAUGCAAUCAUCUUUCAGCCUUCUCAUCUGCCUUCCCAGUGCAGAGUAGAAAUUUAUCAGCCAUAGAGGAAAGCUCAGUGCUUUCUCCUCCCCAGAAAAAAACCAAAUACACUCAGAAGGAAAGGGGAAAAGGUUGGCAGGGUCCCUUCCAAACGCCUCCAAAACAGAAGGAAACUGAGAAGAAACAGCAGGAGAGAGAGAGGAAGAAAGCACUGGCCAAUAUGCUAAAAGCACAGAAGCCAGAGGAGUGUCUGAAAUACAUCACAGUUGUAUUAGAUCCAGCUCUCUUACAGCUUGAAGGUGGUGGUCAGGUCCUCAAUGCUCUGCAAUCUAUGGAGUGUCAUUGUGCAGUCGAGGCACAGACUGUUCCAUGUAGCAUUACUUGGAAGAGGAGAGCCAGUGUGUCUCAGACUGGAGAAGGAAACUUGACAGAAGAGCCGAGUAUUCUGGUGCUGCUCCAGGAAAAGGAGUUUAUGACAAUGAUCUCCAACUCAAAGCAGGACAACCCUGAACAGAAGGAAACUCUGCAGAGCUUUGUAACUUGGGUUACAGCAAGGACACUGGGGAAAACACUCUCACUGGCAGUCGUGGAACAGGAAAAAUAUUUUAGCUCUUCAAAACCCCCAAGGAGGCAAAAACGGGGAGUCAUGGUGAACAGAGAGCAAGCCAGAGGGAAGGUAAAUCAGAAGAGAUCAAAUAACACAGAAUUCACUCCAACACUGUCCAGAGUAGCAAUAGAAAUGGCUUUGGUGGAGCUGCAGCUUCACACAGAAGCCCAGAUUAGAAUCCUGAAGAGCUGGAAGGAGCUGGCUGACUUCAUCUGUAUGUUCACCAAGGCUGUGGCUGAGGGACCCUUCAAGAAAUCUCGGGACUGCACUAAUUUUUCCUUCUGUCUGGCGAGUGACUGGGCUGGAGGGGUGAAGGUGGACUGCUCUGGUAAAGGACUUGCCCUGGUCUGGAGGCGGCAGAUUCAGCAGCUAAACCGAGUUAGCUUGGAGAUGGCCAAUGCAAUUGUAACUGCCUAUCCCUCACCUCGGCUCCUCCUACAAGCAUAUCAGAAGUGUUUAUCUGAGCAAGAACGUCACAAUCUGCUUGCAGACAUCCAGGUGCGCCGAGGGGAGGGUAUAACAUCUACUUCUCGCCGGGUUGGACCAGAGCUCUCUAGGCGCAUCUAUUUUCAGAUGACCACUUUGCAACCAGAUCUCUCUCUGGAUGUCUCAGAAUGAUUCUUAAUCAAAACGGAUGGCUGAAAGCACUCUAGUAUCCUCUUACAGAAAUAAGUGGGAGCAGUGAUCCUGUCAGUUCAGUAUCAUUCCCCUUCUUGAAGGAAGCUAGCAUGACUAUACAAGAGGGUAAUCUAGAGAGAACUUGUUCCCCAUUGUCAAUUUAUCGAAUUCUUCCUUACCCAUCAAGUUAGGCAAAAAGUUAAAUCUACAUGCAAAUGGAUCAAAGAUAUCCCACAAGACACUUAUUUUAAUAACAAUUAUAAAAACCUAAAAACAGUCCAUUAUAAAGUUUAAGAAAUUCUAACAAUUGUGAUUGAAAUGGAGAGUUAAAGCUCUUGGUGGGUUUGUCUGUGGGCUUGCUCACUAUAACCAAUCCCCUCACCUUUUAGAAAAUCACAACAUGGAAUGGAAAUCCCUAUCAAUUGGGCAGGGGUGGAUCCACUGUAUAACUCUGUAUACUUGCUUAGUUAUAUGCUUAUACAAUAAAGUAAUUAUAGAAAUGGUCCCAGUGCCUGAAGGAAAAAAAAUAUUAUAGUCAUUUUUUACUACCACUCAUGACAUG